CCGGACUCCGAUCGGCUCGUGCCAUGGAGGAGCAGCCCACCACGCGACCCAUACCCGCGGACGGCGGGGAAUUACCCGACGGCGCGGACGAGAGGGCGCCGCCGGUGGAGGUGGAGGUGGAGUACGGGGAUGACGAAGAGGAGGAGCCGCCGCGAUCGGCCACGGCGAAGCAGGAGGAGGCGAGCGCGGCGCUGGGCGCCGAGGGGUCCCGGCCGUUCACCACCAGGGAGCUCCUCGGCGAGAUCAAGGAUGACGCCAAGGCGGCGGAGGCGGACGGGAGCGGCGGUGGCGGCACGGGGUCGGCGUUUGGGGAGGGAAACGGGGCCGUUUCCGCCGAUGAGGGAUCCUCGUCCAGCCAAGAGAGUAUGCAGCAGUCUUCAUCCCAUCAUGAUGUGGCCAUGGACUUGAUAAAUAGUGUCACUGGAGUUGAUGAUGAAGGCCGUUCUCGCCAAAGGAUUCUUUCUUUUGCUGGAAAAAGAUAUGUAAGUGCAAUUGAAAGGAAUCCCGACGACCCCGAUGCAUAUUAUAAUUGGGCCCUAGUCCUUCAGGAGAGUGCCGAUAAUGUGGACCCCAAUUCUGGUUCCUCCAAAGAUUCAUUGCUUGAGGAGGCUUGCAAAAAGUAUGCUGAAGCUACCCGACUUUCCCCAACUCUUUAUGAUGCAUACUAUAAUUGGGCUAUUGCUAUUGCUGAUCGGGCUAAAACACGAGGUAGAACUAAAGAAGCCGAAGAUCUCUGGAAGCAGGCAAUACUGAAUUAUGAGAAGGCUGUCCAGCUAAAUUGGAAUAGCCCACAGGCUCUGAAUAACUGGGGUCUUGGACUACAGGAACUGAGUGCCAUCGUUCCUGCCCGGGAGAAACAAACCAUCAUAAAAACAGCUAUAAGUAAGUUCCGUGUUGCUAUCCAAUUGCAAUUUGAUUUCCAUCGGGCAAUAUACAACCUUGGAACUGUUUUGUAUGGCUUAGCCGAGGAUACCAUGAGAUCUGGGAGGCCAGAUGUAUCCGCUAAUGAGCUAUACAGUCAGUCUGCCAUCUAUGUUGCAGCAGCUCAUGCAUUGAAACCAAAUUACUCGGUGUAUCGCAGUGCUUUGCGAUUGGUUCGCAUGAUGCUACCUUUGCCGUAUCUUAAAGUGGGAUAUUUGACUGCUCCUCCAGCAAACAAUGCCAUUGCACCACACAGUGAUUGGGAGAGGUCACAAUUUGUUUUGAACCAUGAGGGACUCCAGCAGGUCGAUGGCUCUAACCAGCCUCCAUCACAAUCACCUGGCAAUACUGACGGAGGAAGAAAGCCUACCAGAAUAGCUGUUGCGGAUAUUGUUUCUGUGGCAGCAUCCGCUGAUCUAACAUUGCCACCUGGCGCUGGCCUUUGCAUAGAUACUGUUCAUGGGGCCAGAUUCUUGGUUGCUGAUAGCUGGGAGGCUCUUGACGGUUGGCUAGACGCUUUAUGCCUUGUCUACACUAUAUUUGCAAGAGGGAAAAGUGAUGUCCUUGCGGGUAUUAUUACUGGUUAAUGUCUCAUACUGAAAAACUGCAAAAUGAAGAGCCUCGGAGAUUGUCUAGGUUUGUUGUCAAUUGAUUUUCUGCUGUUCACUUCUCAUAUGUCUCCCUGCGUCGAUUUGUCUCCUGGAUUAUGUAAAGUACAUAAAAGUAGAGAAUAUGUUGAUCAGUAACUCAAUUUCUUACUACUGGUAAGAACAUGUUCUGAAUCGUGCCUUUAUAGAAAAUGCAUUAAGAUAAAGGAAAUUUUGUUAAAGCUA